AUGUAUUGUGGUGUUCUUCUUGUUAACAACAGAGCCAGCCCCAGCAGCCGCAGCCCCAGCAGUCCCAGCCGCAGCCCCAGCAGCCAGAGCCCCAGCCCCAGCAGCCAGAGCCCCAGCAGUCCCAGCCCCAGCAGUCCCAGCCGCAGCCCCAGCAGCCAGAGCCCCAGCCCCAGCAGCCAGAGCCCCAGCAGUCCCAGCCGCAGCCCCAGCAGCCAGAGCCCCAGCCCCAGCCGCAGCCCCAGCAGUCCCAGUCCCAGCCCCAGCAGCCGCAGCCCCAGCAGUCCCAGCCCCAGCAGCCAGAGCCCCAGCAGUCCCAGCAGCCAGAGCCCCAGCAGUCCCAGCCCCAGCAGCCAGAGCCCCAGCAGUCCCAGCCCCAGCAGCCAGAGCCCCAGCAGUCCCAGCCCCAGCAGCCAGAGCCCCAGCAGUCCCAGCCCCAGCAGCCAGAGCCCCAGCAGUCCCAGUCCCAGCCCCAGCAGCCAGAGCCCCAGCAGCCAGAGCCCCAGCAGUCCCAGACCCAGCAGCCAAACAGAGGAGACGAGAGCAGAGAUCGAAUGGACAGACUGUUUACUUUACUUGAGAGAAUGA